GCUCAUAAGUAAUUUGGACUCUAUUUCAGUGUCAAGCGAUCGCUGGCGCUGUGCGGCUGAACGAUUUAAAGAUCAUAAAGUCAUUCUGCUUCCCAAUGAAGGCGUUUGUCUCUGUCUGCUGUCUGCUGAUGUGCAUUCUGGCGCUGGCUGGUGCGCGGCGUCACCAUGCACGAGUGACAGAGGCGAGUGACAAGCUGGCCAUAACGCUGUACUACGAGUCACUGUGUCCCUACUGCAUGGAGUUUGUCACCACACAACUGGGCCCCUCGAUGAUGGUGAAGGAUCGACUGCCAUUCACGGAUCUCCAGCUAAUCCCCUACGGCAAUGCCAAGUUGGAUGAUGACGGAAAUGUCGUUUGCCAGCACGGGGAGGAAGAGUGUGAUCUGAAUGCCUGGCAUGGCUGCAUACUGCAGCACCAUAAUAUCACCGAAUCUGUUCAAAUGAUUGCCUGCAUGAUGCGCGGAAAGAAAAACAGACUGGACACCUGUGCCGAACACUAUAGGAUCGAUGUCAGCGACGUCAAGAACUGCCGGAAAUCUCGCAGUGUGAACGAUAUACUGGCAGAGUACGGUAAGGAGACGGCCUUGGUGAAUCACGAGGGCGUCCCAGCCGUAUCAGUGGAUUACGUCUACAAUGUCAACGAACAAAACGAUCUGCUCAAUCAUUUCGAUUCCGUCUUCUGCGCUCGCUACGAGACCAUGUACCAUUUCAAAUUAGCCAACUGCGUGUAAUCGGUGUAUAGUUUGUAUUAAAAAGUCUUUUUGAAGAACA